AUGCAAACUGCUUCUACAAACAUUUGUGAAAGACUGUGCAUUAAGUCCAUCUGUGAAAUUUCCUUCCUACUAAAUAUUCCACGGCCAAGUGUUAGUGGUAUUAUAACAAAGUGGAAGCAACUGGGAACAACAGCAACUCAGCCAUGAAGUGGUAGGCCAUGUAAAAUGACAGAGCGGGGUCAGUGCAUGCUGAAGCGCACAGUGUGCAGAAGUCGCCAAUUGUCUGCAGAGUCAAUUGCUAAAGACCUCCAAACUUCAUGUGGCCUUCAGAUUAGCACACAACAACAGUGCGUAGACAGCUUCAUGGAAUGGGUUUCCAUGGCCGAGCGGCUGCAUCAAAGCCUUACAUCACCAAGUGCAAUGCAAAGCGUCGGAUGCACUUAUUGGUGCAUGCAUGCAGGACUGUAC